AUAAAAUUAAAAAACAUGACAAAUAAAGUUAGAGGUAAUAUACAAUUACAUCCUUUUCAUUUAGUUGGUCCAUCACCAUGACCAAUAUUUACAUCAUUUAGUUUAAUGAAUUUAGCAUUAUCAAUAGCUUUAACAUCACAUGGUUAUAUAGGACAUAACUACUUUAUAUUUUUAGCAAUAUUUGUAGUAUUUUAUAGUAUGACAUUAUGAUUUAAAGAUAUAAUAGCAGAAAGUUCAUAUUUAGGAGAUCAUACAAUAGCAGUUAAAAGAGGUAUAAACCAAGGUUUCAUAUUAUUCGUAGUUAGUGAAAUAUUAAUAUUUGUUUCAUUAUUCUGAGCAUAUUUACAUUCAGCAUUAAACCCUAAUGUUGAAAUAGGUAUGAUGUGACCACCUAUGGGUAUAGAAGCUAUAUCACCAGCAGAAUUACCUUUAUUAAAUACUAUAAUAUUAUUAGCAUCAGGAGUAACUAUAACAUAUGCUCAUCAUGCUUUAAUAAAUAAAGACCGUAAAAAUACUUUAUAUGGUUUUAUAUAUAGUACUAUAUUAAUAGUAGUAUUCGUAUUCUGUCAAGGUUUAGAAUAUAGUUUCUCAAGCUUUACUAUCGCUGAUAGUGUUUAUGGUUCAGCUUUCUUCAGUGCUACUGGUUUACAUGGUAUACAUAUGAUAAUGUUAGCUAUAAUGUUAGCUAUAUGUACUUGAAGAGUUUAUAAUUAUGAUUUCACUAAUACUUCUCAUGUUGGUGCAGAAACUACUAUAUUAUAUUUACAUGUUUUAGAUAUAAUAUGAUUAUUUAUAUAUAUAGUUAUGUACUGAUGAGGAUCAUAA